AACAUGCCGGACAGUUCAGAGAGACCGAGAAGAGAGAGAGACAGAGAAGUAAGAGAGACACAGACCGUGAACGUGGUUUCUGUCGUCUCACAGUUUGUUGAUGACAAUUUAACGGUUGUUCGGAACAUCAGCACUGGUCUUGUGAUUGCUGGUGUCGUCCUCAUAGGCAGAAGCAUCAAACUAACGACCAAAUUUAAGUCAGCGUCUGAGAUUCCUGCUCGUUUCAUUGAGAGAAACGUCAGCCUUCGAGGGAAAGUUCACUCUGUCACAGAAGAAGGAGGAGUCAAAGUGGAACAUGUUCCCAUUCAUGUUCCUGUGCUCUCACCUUUACUUUCAAAGACACAUCAGGGUGCGUCCUCCUCAUCUCUGCUGCUGGUGCGUCUGGCAGGAGUGGACGUAACCACAGAGGGAAGGACGUGGCUGCAGCAGAACCUGGUUCCUGCUCACACUGUCUGGCUGAAGCUGAUCAGCUGUGAAGACGACGUCCUGCACUGUCUGCUGUCUCAGAGCAGAGGGUGGAUGUGGAGCCGCUGUGUAAAUGAACAGCUCCUCAGACUUGGUCUGGCUCGGACCGCUCCAGUUUCACUUCUGCCCGACUCUCGCUUCUACUGGCGUCUCCACAGACGACUGCACAGGGCAGAGGUCAGCGCAGAGAGGAAGGGGCGGGGCCUGUGGAAGGAGGACAGCCUAUGGGAAAGAGCCGCCAAUGCGGUCAGAGACAGUCCAGCGUUCAGACUGAUGAGGAGCGUCUUUAAAAAAUAAACCUUCAUGAGUCCUCAUUUAUGGACACAUGAAUCCUCAUUUAUGGACACAUGAAUCCUCAUUUAUGGACACAUGAAUCCUCAUUUAUGGACACAUGAAUCAAAGUGUCACGUGCCACAGCUCAGGCAAUAAAACUGAUUUGAUGUAAAUAAUUUA